ACACACACGAUGACACACAUCCACUUCUAGCUGUAUCCCUCGUGGCCCAGCUGUGUGUGAUGCAGGCGUGUGUCUGAAUUCAUCUGACCUACUGACAAUGGAGCCUGUAACGGAGGCCAAAUGCGACUGCAUGUGUGUGCCAGAAACAUACAGUUUCACUCCAGCAUUUAAUGCCGUCAGCAUAGCAACAUGGGGAUUCUUUUAGACAAUUACCCACACUGCAGCUUUAUGUUGUGGUUAUGGUUCUUUAGGGAGAAGAAUUGUAAAAAAAUAUGCGUUAUUUAAAGCUGUCUGUUCAGAAAAUUAGCAGAACUUAUUCUACUCUGCAAUAGCUUCUCAUGUUUGCCUUGACUGUAACGAUGCCUCCAGUGUUUUCUGGUGUUUUUAAGGUCAGCAACUUCAGUUCCCAUCCAGUCGCUCUUCUCCCAGCAGUGUGACCUCAUGUGCACAUGGACACCGUCCGUUCUCACUCCCCGACCUCUGCCAGACCUCCUCUGCUUCCAGCAUCACAUCACAGUGCCGCUUUUUACUGCUCUUUCUUCGUUUUAUGGACGACGUCUGUCUGCCUCGCCAUCCUCGCUUUGCUUUUCUCUCUAAAUCUGCCACUAAGUACAUUUCCAUCCGUGCCCCCUGUUUUUUUUUUUCACUAUGUGGCAUUCUGGAUUACAGCAGUGUUUUUGUAAUUAUCUCACUGAGUGAUGAGGUUAUGCAAGGGCUUCUCUCACCAUCGCUCUGUCAUGGUGUGACAAAUCCACCUCAGGGACAGGGAUGCUCCUCUUUUCAUGCAAAAAAUGUUUUCUCUUCCUUCACCUCCAUUUCACUUUUUCCCCCUUCCAACUGUGUCCCUAUACGUCCUCUCUCUGGCUAUGUACACAGCUUUUUCUCGCUUCCCCUCGCCCCACUUUACUGUCAACCUUGCCGCCUACCCAUCACUCCCCUUCCUAGCAGAGUGAGGAGCAGAGUGUUGACAUUGGGUUUUAUCCAGAUAUGUAGUCUACGGGCCUGGAAGGUGGUAAUGAGAGCCAAGAAAAACAGCCUGGCUCUGAGUCUGACAACCAGGCUUGUCUUUCUGAUGAAACCAAAUGAAAACAGUAUUUUCUCUCCUUGUUAUUCCCUCCCUCCCAUCCUCCAUCUUUCUCUCCCUGCUUGUGUCUCCCCCCGAUUUUCUCCACCUAUGGCGCCUCUAAUUUGCAGAGUAAUUUCUUGUUCCUGUCGAUGCUUGUUUAAAACUCUUCCGUGCCCUGUGAAGAGUUUACUGCGAGAAAACGUAUGCAGUGUUCAGCCCAUAUUGUCUCUUACAGGGAUGCUAAAGAUUUAAAGUUAAUGUUAAUAUAUGUGGUGAGUAUGUGCACUCUUUAACCUUCAUUCAGAUGGAACAGGGUGAGUGAAAUCAGACCUUGAAUUGAACUGUUUUGGUUCAAUACGGAUGAAAAUAAUGGAAGUAUCAAUCCUAUUUUAAAUGACACGUGAUAAUAAUUUUGCUGUUGUUUUAAGCCGGUAUAUUGUAAACAAAAAGUAUCUAGUGAGUGCGUUUAUGGAGACAAGUGGGCCGUUGCAACAGUUGAGGAGAUGUCCGUCCCAAGAGAGUAAUAAUAUAGAUUAAGCUGAUUGAAAUAAGCAGAGGGGGCUCCAUUCUCCAGAUUUUCAGAAAUCUGACACUGCGCACUCUCUAAUCUAAACUCUGUUUUAGCUACAAGGUUAUAGCAACUAUCUGACAGCGAGGGAGAGAGAGAGAGAGAGCGUGCACUGUUGAAUUAUCUGUAUUGUAAGUGGAUACGGUGGUGCUGUGUGUGUGUGCAUGUGUGUAUGUCUGUGUGUGUUUGCUUGUGCGUGGGCGGAGGUCAGGAGGGAGCACAGGAUAGAGGAACAGAUGUGCGCUGUAUUGUGGCUGUGUGCGUGGACGGACGGGGACCAGGUGCAGCCUUUGUCUCCCCAGCAUUUAAGUCCACUCGCUCGCAUUCAGCUGCCUCGUGCCUCCCCUCCCCUCUCCUCCUCCUCCUUCCUCCUCUCCUUGGAGGGAAGGCAGAGAUGUGUGUGUGUGUUGUGUGUAUGCACUGGGGCAGCCUUGGCUUAAAGGAGGAGGCUCCAGCAGUCCCUUCUGCCUCCCCCUCUCCUCCCUCCCUCCCUCCUCCCUCACAGGUGACUGUUGGAGGUCCCAGCUGGCCAGCUCUUGACUGAUUAGAUCCAUAUGGUACAGGAGGAAGAGCAGAGAGAACCUGGUUCCUUUCUCAAAUCAAUUGCUGUCGUCUGUGCUUUUAGUGGAAAUUAUUUCGGCUGCACAUAUUGCUGGGCUUAACGAUUAAAAAAAAUACCCCAAAAUUUUGGGAGAUACGGUUGUGUACUGUUUUAUUAAGCGUCAGAAAGUUCAUUUCUGAGCACUUUGUGUGGGUGAAGAAGCCUAAGCACUCAUACAAAGAGGAGAAAUAAGCGAGUAGCAGUGGAAACAUGACUUCUGAAUUGCUGCAUUCAUACUAUUUUUGGGUCUGAAGGCUACAUUGCAUAAGCUUUUUGUCUGUUGUCAUAAUGCAUGUGUCUAUGCUUUAGAUUCAUGUUGUAUCUAAAACAUCCUUCUUCCUGCACCGAUAGUGGUCGCUCAGCUAAACAUGCCCCGUGGUUGUCUUCUUGGUGAGAAAGUGUUAUUCCACAUAUUUUGCAGCAUUCCUGUAGCAUGUUUCAGUGAGUGUCCGCAGGCGUUAAUCCUGAGCCCACAUAGUUGUGUCAUUGCAUAUGCAGCGAACAUUCUUCUUGCUUGCUGAUAAAUUAGCCCGGCCUGCGUUACAUCUCCUCUCACCUCAUCUGCAGUGACACCACAGAGAUAGCAGCGCGGCACACAAUCCACACAGCUGCCAACCCUUCACCGAGAGUUUAGACUUCAGAGUUAAACCACAAACUCAAUAAAGCUUAACACUGAACACAUUUAUUUAUACAUCGCAUCCAGUGUGAUUUAUUUCAACUGACUCACAGUAGGUUAUCUAUCCUCACUUCACGUAAGAAGGUAGAUGAAUGUUCUCCUAAUUUCCUUUGUCUUUUCAUUUCCGAUUUCAUUAUUUAAUGGACUGUUUUCACAGUAGCGGCUCAACAGGAACAGGAAUCAAGUUCUGUUUCUCUGUCCCUCUCUCUCUCUCUCUCUCUCCUUUUCUGAGCCUCAUUCUGAAUCAUCACCUGCAGAGGCAGACUGCAAUUAAAACCGACUGAAUGUUUUAAUGCAGACGAGCGUCACCUGAAGCUGAACAAACAAGGAACACCUGGCUAGCAACAGCCAUCGCUACAGAUGCAUGUUGGAUUUCCAUCUCUGCGACAGUAGAGAGAAGAAGAGCCCUGCCAUGCCCGGUUCUCCUGUGGAUGCUAAGACUCAUUCCAGAUCAGCCCCCAGCAGCAGCUCCAGCUCCACUAUGCCACCCCUGCCUUCUGUCAACCCCAGUGGCCCUCGUCCGGCCUCUUUUUCCACCACAGCAUUGACCAACGGGAAUCAUCAUUCCCCGCCAACCCUGAAUGCAGUGCCAUCUCCACCGCAGCGUUACAGCAACGGACCGUCCUCUUCCUCCUCCUCAUCGCUGGCUAACCAGCAGCUGCCGGCCACCUGUGGGGCUCGCCAGCUGAGCAAGCUGAAACGCUUCCUGACCACGCUGCAGCAGUUUGGCAACGACAUUUCUCCAGAGAUUGGAGACAGCGUCAGAAGCCUAGUCCUUGCCCUCGUGAAUUCAACAGUUACCAUUGAGGAGUUUCACUCACGGCUUCAGGAGGCUACAAACUUCCCCUUGCGGCCUUUUGUUAUUCCUUUUCUCAAGGCAAACCUGCCCCUGCUGCAGAGGGAGCUGCUCCACUGUGCACGGGCAGCCAAGCAGACCCCAGCUCAGUACCUGUCCCAACACGAGCACCUCCUGCUCAGCACCACUCUGGCCUCCUCUCCAGACUCCUCCGAGCUGCUGAUGGAGCCUCCCGAGACUGGGACCAAGAGACACAGUCCCAGCAGGGCUAAAGAGAACGGUUUCCACGAACGUCCGCCUGUAGCCAUGGAGCCUGCUGCGAAACGGAUUUGCACCAUCAGCCCCGCUCCCCGACACAGCCCUGCACACCCGCUCCCCCUCAGCGCCCAGCUCCACCCGACCCCUCCACCCCUGCAGCACUACGCCCUGGACGACAUCGCAGCGCCACACAUCCUGCACCGUGAGCACAGCCAACGUGUGCUGGAGAUCCGCGAGCUCAAAGACAGGCCCAGACUCCCUGGCACUAACGGGGGCUACCGUGAGGAGCCGGUGGACCACAGACUGACAGACAGAGAGUGGGCUGAUGAAUGGAGGCAUCUGGACCAUGUGUUGAACUGCAUUGUGGACAUGGUGGAGAAGACGCGGAGGUCAGUGAGCGUGCUCAGACGAUGCCAGGAGUCAGAUCGCGAGGAGCUUAACUACUGGAGACGGCGUUCAAGCGAGCAGGAGGAUCCACGCAAGGGAGGAUCGGCCUCCACUCCGUUUUCCAAGACGCACAGUCCCCAUUCAGCAGAGUCGGACUCCCAGCGUGACUUUGCUCCACGGCCAGGAUCAGCUUACGUUACAGAUGAGAUCUGGAGGAAAGCUGAAGAGGCAGUGAAUGAAGUGAAGCGUCAGGCCAUGGACGAGGUGCAGAAAGCAGUAGCAGAGGCCGAGCAGAAGGCUUUCGAGAUGAUUGCUGCUGAGAGGGCUAAGAUGGAAAAGACUCUGGCUGAGGCAAAGCGGAAGGCUCAAGAGGAUGCCAUCAUGGUCAUUAAUGAGCAGGAGGAUUCCAGUGAGUGUUGCUGGAAUUGUGGCCGCAAGGCGAGCGAGACAUGCAGCGGCUGCAACGCCGCUCGCUACUGCGGCUCCUUCUGCCAGCACAAAGACUGGGAGAGACAUCACCUCAUCUGCAGCCCAGGACUUCAAGCGCAGCCUAAACCAGUGUCUGCCGUCACUGCUAGCAGGGUGGCUGCUGUGGCCUCAGCCGCAGCCGCUGGGGUCUCUCCCCUCGGCCUGGCCGGGGUCAAAGCUCCUGACAGUGUGCCUUCAGUCUCCAGUCCAGGUGGAGAGAAGGCUUCGGUGGCCUCUCGCUCCUCCACCCCCUCCACCCCUGCCUCGGCCCCCGAGACCAACGGACACUAGGAGGCAACGGACUCGAGUGGCUAACGUGUCAUCUUCGCCGUCCUCUUCGCUUACGGGGGAAGAAUUAAAUCAGCGGCAUGAGGGAACUAUUUGUGGGUUAAGUUAGGAUAACAGAUUUUUCAUCAUACUCUUUGGCAGAUAAAAAAGGACAGAUUAUGGAUGACUGUUUGAGUGAUAUGUCAACUGGGACUUUGGCUUUGGCAGAGAACAGAAGGACUCGUCUCGAAUGCAUCCAUUGGAUGAACAGAUCUCCCUAACAGAUGGAAACGUGUUUCUCAUCGUCCAAAACCCCAAAUCUUGGAUCUGUGAGGGGUGGAAAAAAAAACCAAACUGACAAUUGAUCUCAGUUUAUCUCUGGCUGCAGGGAGAAAGUUAUAGAAGGAAGGAGUAUGAGAAAAUACAGAAGAGAUUAAAAAAAAAAAUCAAAAACAGUGAGGUAUAAAGACACUCCCCCUACGCGAAUCAAUAUCCUCACUUUGUUGUGUAUUAAUUUAAGAGGGAGGUGGUGGUAAGUGUAAAACAGUGUAACAGUUCCAGCCCUAAAGCAUCUGUCUUCAUCCUGUAGGAGAACUCUGACAGUAGACCACAUGAGUCGUCUCUGCAGCUCCCCUGUAUACAUAAAUAUUUGCUCGCCAACUUCUUGUCAUAUUUUCAUAUGUGUGAAUGCGUGUGUCAAACAGUCGUGCCGUCGGUGAAUAUUGUAAAGCAUAUGAUUAUUUUUGUCAAAGCAAUAUUAAAAUUAAGUGUUUCAGGUAUUUCAAGCCGUUUCUGCAUCACCAAAGUUUUCAGUCGCUAAAGAGAGAGUCAUUGUCGUUGCCUGUAACCGUCUUUGUGAAGAAGAGAUAAAACACUAACUCCCCUCACACACAUGGUAUCUACUUUAUAAAGAGUUUAACCGCAAUCUCUGCUCACUACUCUUAAUUUCUGAUCAGACAUUUUCAAAGAACAGAAGAAAAAUGUGAUGGGAUCAAGUAAGCACAGGAGCGUUCACUUUGGACUUUUCUUCUUGUUGCAGUUUCACUUUGUUCACAUCACCAGCUGUGUUCGACGGUGUCACACGUUGCUCUAGAUCUUCCGCCAUCAAAUUAUUCGCAUCAGAAGCCAAGACUGGUUUGUAGUACAUCUUUUCAAGUGCUGUUUCCAAUUAAAAUAGUGAUAUAGCAUGAAAAAGAAGUCAUUUUAACUUUAUUUGCAGUCAUCCACGGGGAGAAAGUUCCCGCUGAUGCCUACGCUGCCGUGGUGCAGGUACCGAGCAGUGACUCUGUCCCGCAGAGAAUCUCAGGAGCUAAACUGUAUUUGUAUGUACAGAUCAUUCUUGUUCUUUUGUCACAGUUAGGUUUCAAGUCAAACGUUUAGGGGGGGGGGGGAGUUUUGAUUGAUCGUCCUCUGCUGUUACAACCGAGAUGUUCUUGUUUUUUUUGUUGUAAGAUGACUUUGUAAAGAAUAUUAUGAGAGAAUUCCUUUAUUUUGUGAGCCACAAUUUUUCCCUUCAUUCUUUAAACAUGUUCUUUUGUUAUGAGGCAUAACUUCAUAUGAAAAACAUAUCUUGACAUGAAGUAUGAAAUAAAGUAGAAUUACUUUAAAAAAAACAA